AUGCGUGAAUGUAUCUCCAUCCAUGUCGGCCAAGCCGGUGUUCAAAUUGGUAAUGCUUGUUGGGAACUUUACUGUUUAGAACAUGGUAUCCAACCCGAUGGUCAAAUGCCAUCAGACAAAACCAUUGGAGGCGGUGAUGAUUCGUUCAACACCUUCUUCAGUGAAACUGGUGCUGGAAAACAUGUUCCACGUGCUGUUUUCGUUGAUUUAGAACCAACUGUCAUCGAUGAAGUACGCACAGGUACAUAUCGUCAACUUUUUCAUCCCGAACAACUCAUUACUGGAAAGGAAGAUGCCGCCAACAACUACGCUCGUGGUCAUUACACCAUCGGCAAGGAAAUCGUUGAUCUCGUACUCGAUCGUAUUCGUAAAUUAGCCGAUCAAUGUACUGGUCUUCAAGGUUUUCUCAUUUUCCACAGCUUUGGUGGUGGUACUGGAUCAGGUUUCACAUCAUUGUUAAUGGAACGUCUCAGUGUUGAUUAUGGUAAAAAAUCAAAACUUGAAUUUGCCGUUUAUCCAGCCCCGCAAAUCUCAACUGCCGUCGUUGAACCAUACAAUUCAAUUCUUACAACACAUACAACACUCGAACAUUCGGAUUGUGCCUUUAUGGUCGACAAUGAGGCCAUCUAUGAUAUUUGCCGACGUAACUUGGAUAUUGAACGACCGACAUAUACCAACUUAAAUCGACUUAUUGCACAAAUUGUUAGCUCAAUCACAGCUUCACUUCGAUUUGAUGGUGCCCUAAACGUCGAUCUUACUGAAUUUCAAACCAACUUGGUCCCAUACCCUCGUAUCCACUUUCCUCUUGCUACUUAUGCACCAAUCAUUAGCGCUGAAAAAGCUUAUCACGAACAAUUGACCGUAGCCGAAAUCACCAAUGCUGUUUUCGAACCAGCCAACCAAAUGGUCAAAUGUGAUCCACGUCACGGAAAAUACAUGGCCUGCUGCUUGUUAUACCGUGGUGAUGUUGUACCAAAAGAUGUCAACGCAGCCAUUGCUACCAUCAAAACAAAACGUACCAUCCAAUUUGUUGAUUGGUGUCCAACUGGAUUCAAAGUUGGUAUCAACUAUCAACCACCAACCGUUGUUCCAGGUGGCGAUUUAGCUAAAGUACAACGUGCUGUUUGUAUGUUAUCUAAUACAACAGCUAUCGCUGAGGCAUGGGCUCGUCUUGAUCACAAAUUUGACUUAAUGUACGCCAAACGUGCUUUUGUUCACUGGUAUGUCGGUGAAGGUAUGGAAGAAGGUGAAUUCUCAGAAGCUCGUGAAGAUUUAGCUGCAUUGGAAAAAGACUACGAAGAAGUUGGUGUUGAUUCAGUAGAAGGUGAAGGUGAAGGUGAAGGCGAAGAAUAUUAA